CAACAUCUACACCAAGUACCAGCAACAACUUCUACAAUGAAGGCUCUAGUGGCACUCGCGAUAGUCUCAAUGGCCUCAGGCCAGAUCGCACUGCAAGGUCGCCGAGUCGUCGUCCCGAAUAAUCUGAACGUGAUCAACUCCGGUGCGUAUGUGGCCGCACAGAACUACGCGCCCACGCCUUACGAAUUCGCAUACUCCUCGGACGAUGUGGAGGGAUCCCACUCAGCUCAGCAGACGGGUGACGGCAACGGUCGAGUCCAAGGCUCGUACACAAUCAUCUCGGCCGAUGGACGUCAGCGAACCGUGAACUACGUCGCCGACGAGAACGGAUACCGCGCUGAGGUCACUACGAACGAGCUCGGUACCGAAUCGAAGAACCCCGCCGAUGUCAUCAUCAACUCGUCAGCGAUCACCGGAGAGCAGGCCGCCAUCCAAUACGGUCCUCAAGCUCCUCCAACUAGGCAACAGGUCGCAGUGACCCGGCAGAUCGGUCAAAUCGACAACCGCGUCGCGCUGCCGUCCUACGGAACGUUCGCCGGCGUGAAUCUCGUCCGCGGUUAGAGACGAUACCCGCCCAAGGGAGCCGAUCAGUCCGACGACGGACGUGGGAAUCAAUCACAAACAUCGAUUGAGAGAAAAUGGAGAUUCUUCUUCGGAUAUGGAAUGGGACUACUCUGUCCGAAGUCCUUUCCAAAUUUUCGACGGGUACGAGACUGGAGUGAGCGGUUGCGGAAAAUGCGUUUCUUCAGUGGAACCCUGUUUACCCCCCCC